GGUCGACCACGGAGCGGAGCAGCGAUUGUGGAGGUAUCGCAGUUUCCACAUGGGGUGGAGAAAGAGCCGUGUGGAGCUCCUCCCCUCCCUCCAGGGCUGUGUGGGUGAAGUGUCGCUCAACGAGAGGAACGUCGGCCUGUGGAGCUACGAGAGCAGAGAGGGGCAGUGUGGAGGCUGCUUCAGCAGUCCCCAGGCAGAGGAGACCUCCUUCCACUUUGAUGGAUCUGGAUUCUCAUUGGUCCAGAAGUCUCUGCGAGCGACGUCCACCUCCAUCGUCCUCCUGUUCAAAACGCUGUCGCCGGGCGGAUUACUGCUCUACCUGGCCUCCAACAACACUAGGGACUUCCUGUCCAUGGAGCUGGUGGAGGGGCGUGUCCGGCUGACCUUUGACCUCGGCUCAGGCGCUCUGAUCCUGACCUCCAAGAGGAAAUACAACACCGGAGUCUGGUACAAGAUCACCCUGCAGAGGAGCAAGAGAAAAGGUUACCUGUCCAUCAUGGCAGCCGACCAAUCAUCAAACAAGGAGGUGUUGGAGGCGGAGUCUCCUGGAACGGCCUCCGACCUGAACCGCUCCGACCUGGACCCCAUCUACAUUGGAGGACUUCCUGCCUCUCGACCAAUCAGGCGACAGGUGGUCUCCAGGUCCUACGUGGGCUGCAUGAGGAACGUGGAGAUCGCUCGGUCCAACUUCGACCUGCUGAGGGACGCCUUCGGGGUCCGGAAGGGCUGCGUCCUCGAGGCCGUGCGCAGCGUGUCGGUGUUCGGAGGCUUCGUUCAGAUUGCUCCUCCAUCACUGGGUCAGGAGGCGGAGCUUCUCUUCUCCUUCUCCACCAACAACCAAUCAGGAGUCCUGCUGGCUGUCUUCAGUGGCGAGCGAGCACACAGACAGCACUUCCUGUCGGUCCACCUGGUCUCAGGUGCGGUGGAGGCGGAGCUUGGCGAGAUGGGCGGGGCUACUCGGAGAGUGGCGGUGGUGAAGCCAGACGGAGGAUCCUUCAGUGACGGAACCAAACGCUCCGUGAUCGUCACCAUCCACAGGAAGUCUUUGUCCGUGCAGGUGGACGAGAAACACCUGAAGUCCGUCUCCCUGUCGCCGGGCGGAUUGUCUCGUUUGUCUCCGGCCUCUUUCUUCAUUGGCGGGCUGCCACAAGGGGAGGAGUCUCGUCUGCCAAUCAAAUUACAGGCUUUGUCCAGGAGCUUCAGAGGCUGCAUUCAACACCUGGUGGUGGGCGGAGAGUUAGUCGACCUAUCAGGCGCCGUGAGGUAUGAGGGGGCGGAGCUUGACAGCUGCCAAUUGGAAGAGAAGUUGGGGGGGGCGGUGCUGCCUGAUGACCAGGAUGUAGAACCCACUCCUGACUCCGCCCACCUGCCGGUCACCCCCCCCACACACCUGAGCGCCUUGAAGCCUGGAGCCCUGACGUGCAUGUCGGAGGCGGAGCCAACCUUCCUCCCGGCAGCGGUUCAGUUCGGUUCGUCCAAACACAGUCACAUGACCUUCAUCAUCAGCCCCAACACCGUCAAGAGAAGUGUGUCCGUGAGGUUGUCGGUUCGAAGCCGAGCUCGGGACGGGCUGCUCCUCCUCGUCUCCGAGUCCAAGCAGACGGACUACGUCGUCCUCAAACUGAGAGCCGGGAGGCUGAUGAUGUCAGUCGACCUGGGCAGAGGCCCCGCCUCCAUCACCUCCAAGGGCCCCAUCAACGACGGAGAGUGGCACACCGUGAGCGGUGAGGUGAGGCGGCGGGCGGUGUCGGUGUCGGUGGACGGGUCCGGCCCGGUGUCCGUGUCCCUCAGGGGGAACCAGCUGGACGUGGGCCGGCGCCUGUACCUGGGCGGCCUGCCACACACACACAGCAGCAGGAGGAUCAACGCCAGCAGCAGCUUCCCCGGCUGCGUCCGCUCCGUCAGACUGAACGGCGCCAUGUUGGAUCUGACCGCGCCGGCCUCCAGCCACGAGGUCACUUCCUGUUUCACCAACGACCAGACAGGAAGUUACUUCAACGGCAGCGGAUACGCCACCAUGAGUGGUGUUCCAGGUGAACAACGGCGCCGGCCGGGUGUGGGUGCGCUCCUCCGGCCUCCUGCUGUGUGACGGCCGGUGGCACCACCUGGUGGCCAGGAAGAGGAAGCACACCCUGAGCCUGACGCUGGACCGGAGCAGCGCCAGCGCCGCCAACCCUUACCCACAAUCCACCUCUGCUGAGACCAACAACCCCGUCUACCUGGGGGGCUUUCCAGUGGGGGUGAAGCAGAACUGCCUGUCCAUCAGCUCCAGGUUCAGAGGUUGCCUGAAGAACCUGCAGCUCGUUGAGUCUCACCUGAGUGACACCCUGGACCUGAGCUCCGCCCACUUCCUGAUGGGCGUCACUCCUAACUCGUGUCCUGUUGCCCAGCAACGGCCAGCCGCGCUCUGAUUGGUCCUCAGGCAACAGGGCAGAAGGUUAUUCAUGUUGUGAUGUAAUGAAUCAAUAAAGAUCUUCUAAAUACUAA